UCCGUGUAAAGUGACACCACUGGACACAUAGGAAGAAGUUAGAGGGAGUUUGAAGAGCCGUUCAGCGUUACCACGUCUACACACUUCCCCCUCUCAAUCAUAGCGUGUGAGAGGGUUUGAGGAAACUCUGCUGCAGCUCAUCGCAGGAGAGGAUCAACCAGCCUUUUGCAAGAAAACAUAGACGUAAGAUGACACGGUUAAUGCUAAAUAUGAUUCUUUUAGCUUUCCUAGUGACUUUCGUAGCGUGCAAAGCGCCGCCUGUACCGUUAGAUGACAUCGUGAUAGAGAAGACUUCCACUCCGGAGCGCUGUGAGCGGGCGGUGAAAUCGGGAGACUUCGUUCGCUACCAUUACAUCGGCAUGUUCCCCGAUGGAAAGAAGUUUGACUCUAGUUAUGACCGUGGCACCACCUAUAAUGUGUUUGUUGGUCAGAAGAAGUUGAUCGCUGGGAUGGACAAAGCUUUAUUGGGCAUGUGUGUUAACGCAAGAUGGAUGAUCAAAAUCCCUCCUCAGCUUGCCUACGGGAAGGAAGGUUAUGGCGACAUCAUCCCCCCAGAUUCCAUCCUUCACUUUGAUGUGUUAAUGUUAGACAUUUGGAACACAGAGGACAAGGUGCAGAUACAGACCUACUAUAAGCCAGAGAGCUGUGGGCGCACUGUGCAAGUGUCUGAUUAUGUGCGUUACCACUAUAAUGGCACUCUGCUUGAUGGCACGCUUUUCGACUCCAGUCACACACGCAUGCGCACCUAUGACACUUAUGUUGGGAUUGGCUGGCUCAUUGCGGGAAUGGACCAGGGGCUUUUGGGAAUGUGUGUGGGAGAAAAACGCAUAAUCACCAUGCCACCCGUCCUUGGCUAUGGAGAGAAUGGGGAUGGAAGUGACAUCCCUGGUCAGGCCUCUCUAGUCUUUGAUGUGGUUCUGCUGGACCUUCAUAACCCCAAAGAUGAAAUCACUGUAGAGGUGCAAUACCUUCCAGAUCCCUGUCCACGCAAAAGCAAAGUUGGAGACUUCAUGCGUUACCAUUAUAAUGGAACCCUGCUGGACAGGACAUUCUUUGACUCCAGUUACUCGAGGAAUCGUACAUAUGACACAUACAUUGGUAAAGGGUAUGUGAUCGCAGGAAUGGACCAGGGGCUCCUAGAUGUGUGUACUGGAGAGCGCAGGAGGAUAACUAUCCCACCACACCUGGCAUAUGGAGAGGAGGGCACAGGAACUAAGAUCCCUGGCUCAGCUGUGCUAGUGUUUGAUGUCCACAUUAUUGAUUUCCACAACCCAUCUGACAAGGUUGAGAUCACCAGUGUGAAGCCAGAGAAUUGUACCUACAAUGCAAAACGUGGUGACUUUGUUAAAUACCACUACAACGCUACUCUCAUGGAUGGCACUCAUAUUGGCUCUACGCACACCUUUGGCAAAACAUAUAAUGUGGUUCUUGGAGCUGGACAAGUGGUCAUAGGCAUGGAAGAAGGGCUUUUGGGAAUGUGUGUUGGAGAGAAGCGCAGGCUAGUUAUUCCACCUCACCUUGGCUAUGGAGAGAUGGGAGUUGAUGGGGAGGUCCCUGGCAGUGCUGUGCUGGUUUUUGAUGUUGAGAUGAUGGAGCUGGAGGAGGGUCUUCCUGAGGGCUACAUGUUUGUGUGGAACAAUGAUGUCUCACCUGACCUUUUCAGUGAAAUGGACAAGAACAAAGACUCACAAGUGGACCCUAAUGAGUUUUCAGAAUACAUACUCCAGCAGGUGGAAGAGGGCAAAGGUCGUCUGGCGCCAGGUUUUGAAGCUCAACGCAUCAUAGAGAACAUGUACGGUAACCAGGACCGCAACAAGGAUGGGCGAAUCACAGAGGAUGAGUUUAAACUCAAGGCAGAUGAAACAGCCACUCAUGAUGAGUUAUGAGGUCGGACUCUGGGAUGGAGGGUCGUGAUUGGUUGGGUGGUUGAUUAUUAUAAUAAGUGGGAGGGGGGAAAUUAUGUUGAAUUUGCCAGUGAAGUGUCACUCAGUGCUGUUGAUGUUAACUUUUGAUGUUUGAGAGAAGUGUGGAUGUAUGGGUGUGCUUGAUUUUGUUUAUAUAUGAUUUUUUUUUGUACAUGUCUGAGUGUUUGAAAGAAUCUGGAUUGAUACAAAUGUGCAAAAUGUUACUUUGUAAAAAAUAUCCCUUAUAAUAAACACAUUCCAACCCCUAAUAGGUUUAACAAUUUUCAAUGUCACUACUAUUUUAUUACUAUAAAAUAUACAUUGAAUAAAUGGUGACUUGCAAUUGUUACCUCAAAGAUCUUUUCCUACAUGAUCGAACCCAUAAAAAUUACUUUUGUUGGUGUAACCAAAUUUUUUAGGCUGAACUGUGGUGCAUUUUUGGGCUGCCACUUGCAAUUUUUCACAUUCAAAUUAAAAGCUUACCAUUCACACAUACUAUGGACUAAUUGCAAACAUAAUGUAGAUGUUUACAAUCUUAUGAUAAAUAAAAUGUUUUGUUGUUGUUGUCCUAACUUUGUAAGCAUGUAAUUCGGUUCUGUUUGCUCUAUCUCCCAGCAAAAGUCUUAUUUCAUUCCACUAGAUGGCAGCAAGUACUAGGAAUGUUUUUCUCUCUAUCGCCUUCCAUCACAAAAUGCAGAUCUGAAAUGUAGGUGGAGCUCUAACACAUUUUAACCCUCACAGAUAUGCUCUUCCUUAGAUUUCAGCCUAAUUUUCAGUUCAUGCACUACCCCUAUUGUUUCGUAGAAUAUCUUGGCCUCUGAGUGGACUAGAAGCUCAAUCCAGGUGUCAUUAGAAUGCAAAGAUCCUUCCAUUUGCAAUGAUAUAUAACAUUUUAUCAGUAAAAUAUUUUUCUGAUGAUUUGUUUAGCAUGCUUGUCCUGCUGGACUGUAUAUUUUGUUCAGGACAUUUAAGAUAUAACAUUGGAUUAUUCACCCAAGCAGGCUCACAGAAAAGUAAAAAAUGGCUCAUUUUUGAGAAAACAGCCUAAGGUAAGAGCAGAUAUAAUGUUUGUGGCUACGUGUGGCUUACAGCAGCAGUGAUCAGCACAUAAAAGAGACAUUUGUAUUUGAUGUCUUAACAGAAAUCAUAUUUCACUUUGUGAUUCUUUUGAAAAUCUUUCAAACUGUGGUAUU